GUAUCGCGGUCUGCGAUUGGUCGUUGCCGGGUGACGCAGUGGGGCCGCCGGAGACCGCGUGUGGAGUGGGUGGCCGGAGCCCGGGCUCCUCAGGUCAAAAUGAAAGAAAGAAAGAUGAAGUCUUUUCGCUUGCCUAAAACCCGACAAAAAAAAAUUAAAGUGACAGGAGAAUGGAAGCCAAUGGCAAUAGACGCAACUCGUUUUGGUGAAGAAGAUUUGGAAGGGCUGAUCUGUUGUGAAGAGCUUACAGAGUAUGAGUUGAUUAGUGCUACUAAAUCAUCAGAGAAGAAAGUCAAAAAACGAGCAUUUGAUAACUCAGAGGAGUUAAGAUCUUCACCAAAGAAACAAAAAAUUAGUGGGGAUGAUUUACCAAUGUCAAUGACAGAAACAAAGAUAAAAAGAAAGAAGAAAAAGUUCAACAUUCAGCCUGCCGAAGUGGAGGAGGGUAAUAUUAAUCCUUCUGAAGAUAUAAAUAAAUUUGAAUGUUCAGAUAAAAAUGACACAAAUGAGGCAGAAACAAAUAUCGCUGUAGUUCCAAAGAGAAAGAAAAGGAGGAAGAAGAAACAGUCUGGAGCUUCUCAAUCCUCCAGGCUAGAUGACAAAGUGAAAAACUGGACUAAAUAUUCAUGUUCAUCUGAGCAGGAGACUGAUGUUUCUGCCUGGAAAGAUCUGUUUGUCCCAGAGCCAGUACUUAAGGCUCUGAGUUCUCUUGGUUAUAGUUAUCCUACUCCUAUCCAAGCCUUGGUUCUGCCACCUGCUAUUAGAGAUAAACAAGAUAUUCUUGGUGCUGCAGAAACAGGUAGUGGUAAAACGCUAGCAUUUGCUAUUCCCAUGAUCCACCUUAUAUUAGAGUGGCGGCAAGCUAAACAAGCCAAAUCAAAGAAAAAUGAGGAAGUACAACAAGGGAAGCAGGAUUCUAAUGAAGAUCAUGAAAACCUAAUGGAAAUUGACAGUGAACACCUGGAGGAAUGUGAAGAGGUGGAAGGAAAUGACAAUGAAGAGAAUUACAGCCUGGGUUGUGUAAAAGUGAUCAACAAUGUGAAUUUUGAUUUUGAGAUUGGUGAGGCUUCUGAUGUUGAAAAUCCACUCUUGGGCCUGGUCCUGACUCCAACAAGGGAAUUAGCUGUCCAGGUAAAGCAUCACAUUGAUGCAGUCACCAAAUUCACUGGGAUCAAAACUGCAACAAUAGUUGGAGGAAUGGCUGCCCAGAAACAGGAAAGAAUUUUGAAUCGUAGGCCAGAAAUUGUGAUUGCAACACCAGGGAGAUUGUGGGAAUUGAUAAAGGAAAGACAUCCACAUCUCUCUCAUUUGAAACAGCUCAGGUGCCUGGUGAUUGAUGAAGCAGAUCGUAUGGUUGAAAAAGGACAUUUCGCAGAACUCUCUCAACUUCUAGAGCUGCUACAAGAUAAAGAGUAUCACCCAAAAAGAAGAACCUUCAUAUUUUCUGCCACUUUAACUAUGGUUCAUCAAGUUCCUACAAGAGUAUUGGGAAAGAAGAAUAUCAAAAAAAUGAGUGCAGAAACAAAGUUAGAAGCUCUAAUGCAAAAAGUAGGCCUCAAAGGAAAACCAAAAGUCAUUGAUUUAUCCAGGAAAGAGGGCACAGUUGAGACCCUCACUGAAACCAGAAUCCAUUGUGAGGUAGAGGAAAAAGACAUCUAUCUGUAUUACUUCUUACUUCAAUAUCCAGGCCGAACUAUGGUCUUUGCAAAUAGUAUAGAUUGUAUCAAGCGUCUGAAUGCAGUGCUCACUAUUUUGGAAUGUUGUCCUCUGCCGCUACAUGCAAACAUGCACCAGAAACAGAGGUUGAAGAAUUUAGAAAGAUUUGCUGAAAGAGAGAGCUGUGUUUUAUUGACCACUGACGUUGCAGCUCGAGGUCUGGACAUUCCAAAUGUACAACAUGUUAUUCAUUAUCAGAUGCCCCGCACCACUGAAAUCUACGUUCACAGGAGUGGCAGAACAGCUCGAGCCACAAAAGCAGGUCUUGCACUGAUGUUGGUUGGGCCAGGGGACGUGGUUCAUUUUAAGAAGAUAUGCAAAGCUUUGGGUAAAGAUGAAAAUGUUCCUCUGUUCCCAGUGCAAGCUAAAUGUAUGUCUGCAAUACAGGCACGUGUUAACAUAGCUCGAAGCAUAGAAAAGAUGGAAUACCAGCACAAUAAAGCACAACAACAUAACAGCUGGUUUCAGCAAGCUGCUGAAGCACUUGAGGUGGAUUUGGAGGAUAAUGUCCUAAUGGGUGAAAGGUAUAAUGACAGUGAAGAAAACCAGAGACAAAGAACUUUGAAAGGAAUGAAGAAGGAACUAAAACAUUUGCUUUCACAGCCAGUGUUCAAGAACUACAUGAAGACAAAAUACCCAACACAAUUUGGUGGACUAGCAUUGCCUGCUUUACCAUUGGCAAACCAAGAAACUGCUUUAACCACAAUUCAAAAACAUAGAUACAAAAAAAGACAGAGGUUGUGUGAGCAAAUAUCUUGAGAGAAGUGUUGUUUAAGUAACAGAUACUGCAUAAUAUAUUGCUAAUAGCUAAUUGUAACAUGUUCAGUGGCUGUACACCCUUUAUUGCAUUUAAUAAAAGUCCAAAACUUGUGCAA